AUGCCUAAAGUUUACAGUUACCAAGAAGUCGCCGAACACAACGGCCCAGAAAAUUGCUGGAUUAUCAUCGAUGACAAAGUUUACGACGUCUCUCAAUUCAAAGAUGAACAUCCAGGUGGUGAUGAAAUCAUAAUGGAUUUGGGUGGUCAGGACGCUACCGAAAGUUUUGUCGACAUCGGUCACUCUGAUGAAGCUUUAAGAUUACUAAAAGAUUUGUACAUAGGUGACGUCGAUAAAACCAGCCAGCGUGUUUCUUUGGAGAAGGCAUCCUCCUCCGAAAAUCAAAGUAAAGGUAGUGGUACAUUGGUUUUGAUCUUGGCCAUUGUAAUGCUAGGUGUUGCUUAUUAUUUGUUGAACGAAUAA